AGUUACGUAAUCACAUGUUUAUUCUCGUCGCAGAAAAAAUCCUUAAAAAAAGCCCAGUUCGAAGCAGAAGAAAACAUGUACGUACAAUCGGCCCAUCGCGAAAAAUCAUUAAAUCAAACCCUCCGCAACUCGGCACAAAUCCAAGCGCGAAAUCGCUUCUCCAGCCCUGCGAAAAAAACCCUUCCCCUCCGCGACCCAAACAAAGUCGAAUAACCUCCCAUCCAAAAAAAAAAAAAAACUCUCCCAGACGUCUGGUAAAAAAAGUGCCCUAGAAUAUAGCACAUAUACAGCAGCAUAGCAGUCGCGUAGCCACGUCAGAGAGGCCCGAAUGGCGGCGACGGGUCUGCGCGCGCUCGUGUUGCACGACCAAAAUAAAGCCGGCGCGUCUAGUCUCUCUCACUCGUAUAUGCGUGUAAGCGAAUGAGGUAAGAGAUGAAAUAUUAAAUAGGCUCACCUUUGGGGUACUCGACGAGGGUUAGGGACAGCGGGACCCAAGCAGCGGCGGCGUCCUGGGCAUGAUGAUGGACGGCGCCGCCGAGGAUAUCCUCGGAGGAUGCCAUGCUCCGCUGCUAUACUGCCUUUCGCCGCCAGUAUGAUCACCGCGGCAGUCGACACUACUGUACGUGCCUGUGAUGUCUAGACUGACGCCCCCCGCGCGCGCGCGCGCGCACAUGCGCUGCGCUAUACGCCACUAUGCCAAGGUUGGCGACACAUUUGAUCAUAAUUCAUUCAAAUUGAUGUGUGCUAAUAUGAUUAGAAAGAGCAACAUUGAUAAUACUCCAAAAACAGCAGAUAUAAUAAAAAUUCUGCAUAACGAACAGAAGCAACUGCAGCUGUUUGAAAUAUAUUUAAAGAUUCUUCACAAACUUUUGUCACAAAAUAAGGAUGAUUUUAUACUGGAUAAAGAAAAAAAUAUGAAAGCAUCUGAAGGACUCAUGUUAGGAUGCCGGAGUGUGAUUGGAAGAUUAGAUGAUCUUCUUGAGAAUGCUUUGCCAAAGAAAUCGCAGAAGAAAGGUAAUAAAAUAGUAUAUGGCCUGAUAGCUGGAGGCAUAGGUGUGGUAGUACUAGUGUACAUAUUCCGAUAGUAACCCCUUAUCUCAUUUUUGUAAGAUAUUAGAAUAUAUGUUUUAUUACUUUUCUAAAA